UGAUAACUUCCCCUUUGUCUUUGUGAGCACAAAGUAGGUCUUCUAUUUUUUUUCUUUUCUUUUCAUCCUGCUUUUUAAAGUGACUUAAAAGAUACCUCUCAUCACAUAACAAUAUUAUGUACUCAUAGUGCCUUUCAUUUCUAUCAUAUCUAUCUUCUAUUUCCUUUCCUCUCAAAUUUUUAUACUAGCAUGGAGAACCAAAUGCCUAAGAUGGAAAACUUCAUGCAAAAGGAACUGCCAUCUUAUUUUCAAGAAAUGGCAACAGGAUCUAGAUUUUUUGCUGAUCCUGUGAUUUGGGUUAGCUUGAAAUCGUCGCCAUUAUCACCCGGUAGAUUGUUUUCGAGCUCCAACUCCAUUUCUUCUGUAGAUGAAGCUUCUGCAACAACCGUGAGUAGUAGUAAUAACGCUACAGAAUUCACCAAUCCAGAUUCGUCUAUUUCCGGAUUUGCUUCUCGUGUAGAUAACAGCUCCAUUCCUGUGAAUUUCUUGAAAUCCUUUCCGGAGAUGAACCAUGCUCAUCAAGUGCCUGUAGCACCAUCUUCACCACCACACUCAUUGUCAAGUUCCACCUCAAAAUCCCCAAAUCUAAGUUUGUUUUUGCAUGAUCAACCCAUGUCAUCAACCUCGCCCAGCCCUUUGUUUCCCAUGUCCCAACUUGGCCAGAGCCAGCUUCAUCAUACAGGGAUUGAGUGGCUAAGACUAAAUCAAGACACAACAAACUGUCACUCAAAAGGUUCCGGUGACUACUGGCUCAGCACGACGAAAACACAGCCGAUGAAGCACACUGCAGGGAGAAGAUCAAUGCAGAGUACUCACCUCAAGUCUUCUUUGUCAUCUCCCAGGAAGCUGUUUAGGGGAGUGAGGCAAAGGCACUGGGGGAAAUGGGUGGCUGAGAUUAGGUUACCGAGAAACCGGACAAGGGUAUGGUUGGGGACGUUCGACACAGCUGAAGAAGCUGCUUUUGCAUAUGACACAGCAGCCUACAUACUAAGGGGAGAUUAUGCGCAUUUGAACUUCCCGGAUCUGAAGCAUCAACUCAAGGUCAGUUCCACAAAUGGUACCACGGCUGCGCUUCUUGAGGCGAAGCUGCAAGCAAUAUCAAAAGGACUUUCUAGCAAGAAGACAGUAAUUGAUCCGCCACCAAUGUCACCAAAGAAGCACUUGAUCACAGAGGACUCAAAAGUAGUGCUCAAAGGUUUGAUGAGCCAAAAUUCAACAAGAAAAGCGAGGCAAGUUGGAGCAGAGAAGACGGUGAUUGAGAGUAAGAGGACUCAAGAAGUGGUAUCAGAUGUUGAUGCUGUUCAGCUAAGUAGAAUGCCAUCCUUGGACAUGGACAUGAUCUGGGAUGCAAUUCUAGUCUCUGAUUCAUGAAUUUCUGCAUCUCAUUUGCAUCAUUAAUUUAAAAUACAUAUUCUGAAAUUAUUUAGUUCAAAAUGAUCAUCAUGUGGGUGUCAUUAGUCUGCUUUUUGAUUCAAUAGGUCUUCUUCUUUCUUCUCAAUUGUAGCCUUAGUUUAGAUUAAUUCAAUAGUUUUCAAGAUGGUUUGAUUUAAUAAUGUAGUGUAAUUAUGCAGUUCUAAUUAUUAAUUUUCUUUUUCUUUUUCCUGAUUUUCAGUUAGGUUGGUUUGUUAUUUUAUACAUCUAUUUCUAUCAUUUGAAAAAGGGUUGAUUAGUA